AUGAGACAUGGUCCUCAGCUGGAACAGCAGUUCAAUCGCCUGAGUGCACAGCCGGCACAGCCAACGCCGAGCAAUCCUGACUCAUUAAAGGAAGUGGCAGUUGUUGAGCCGGCACGGGUUGCUGCUCCAUGGCAACAGGAACAGGUUAAGCUAGAUGAUGCUAAAAAACCGCUUCGACCGCGCACUCCCAUAAUGAAAAUCAAGUUUGAUUUUGAAACGUCCAACAUUGAACUACGAGCACGUCUUCUGCCAAGUCUUCUGGCACGUUACAAGCUCAACCGAGCCCAUAGCAGUGGAGUUACUGGCGAUGAGGCUAAAUGGACGGCUACCAUACAGCACCAUUAUGCAGAAUUCUGUGUGUCAUCGGCUGGUAAACCGAUGGACACAUUUACGCUAGCAUUGCCAUCAGUUGGUGUUAAUGGAGAAUACACUGUUGACAAGGAGGGAACGGCACCAGCAACAAAUAAGGCGCUUCUCUACCGCGAGGGAGGCUACCUGAAAGUCACUAUCACGCUAGGCCAAGUAAAUCACUCGUUCACAACUGAUCUCCUGAACCAGAUCCUAUUCGCUGAGCAGUCUUUCCGUAGCGAACUAUCCGCGCUAAUCACUCGAAUCAGGGCAGAACGAUAUGGAUGGUUACCGGUCUCAAAUCAUGCUCCUCAAACCGUGAGCAAAGAACCGAUGCUAUUGUUCUCCCUCAUGGUGAAAGGACAGGGAGUGCCCUGGUUACAACUCACGGCAGCUACUCCGACAGCAACUGCUGUUCGUUUUACUAUUGAGAGCUUGGAUGCCGAGUUGACAAAUCGUUGGGUAGGUAUAGCACUUUAUCCGUGGGAUAGUUGUAAAUUAUAG